UGGGAAGAGGUGGAAAUAUGGUACCGAAGGUGGUUGUAUAGUAUUGGAUAUUUGACUUUGUAUGAUAAGUUUUCUUCUUUUCCCAGAUGAAGAAGAAAAAUCUCCUCUGCUCCUUCCCCUGUUAUUCUUUUCUAUGCAAUUCUUCUUUGGCCCCCAAAGUCUGAUCAUUUCUCUCCUGGACUAGUCUCCUGCAGCUAUCCGACAUCAACACCGUAACCGGCGGUUGUUCCUUUCUCGGUAGCUGCAAUUCUUUGGCGGAGCCGAAGCCUUUACUCCCGUCGAAGUCAAUCGACUACUUGCCAAUUGUUGCAGGUGAAAGUCGCCAUGGCUUGUCCUGCUGAGGAAGACAUUUGUCUUGCUGAGGAAGGCAUUCUGAUCGACAUACUGUCAAGGCUUCCAGUCAAGUCGUUGAUCAGGUUCAAGUGCGUCAGCAAGCGAUGGCACUUUCUGAUCUCAGAUCCUCGGUUCGCCAUGAGCCAUCUCCGGAGAUCGGUGGAACAAAGCCUGAAUCCUGACUCCUGCAGGCGAGUCCUCAUCGGCACCAAACCCCUCCGAUCCGUCAACUGCGACGCAUUGAUCGAGGAUGCUAACGCGCAUACUGCCAUCACCGAGCUUGAGUAUCCCUCCAUGGUUCCUGAGCACCGUUUCCGGAUCGUGGGUUCUUGUAAUGGUUUGGUUUGCUUGCUUUUCUAUCAUGAGAGGCUCACUGUGUGGAAUCCUUCUACACGGCAGUCCCGUGAUCUGCCGAGCCCGAGACCUGUUCCUUUUGAUCAUAUGAUAUUACAUGGAUUUGGCUACGAUUCCGUAACUGAUGACUACAAGGUGCUGAGAGGUUUCCGCGAGAAGACUGCGGGCGGGACUUACUCAACAGCAGUCGAGAUAAUCUCUCUGCAAUCCAAUUCCUGGAGAAGGAUUCCCGAUAUUGAUUACACGACCACGUUUUCUCAAGGAACCUACAUGAAUGGGUCGAUCCACUGGCUAUACCUACACCGAGAAAACGCUCCGCGAAUUGUUAUUGUGUCUUUCAAUCUGGCUUCAGAGGAAUUCCAGGAGAUUCUAUCACUUCCGGACACGGAACCUUUGGUUCUUUUUGAAGGAAUAGGUGUUAUGGGAGGAUGCCUCGCUCUAUACAUCGAUAGUAAAUGGGAAAUCGAGCUUUGGGUAAUGAAAGACUACGGCAUUAAGUCAUCUUGGACGAAGCUGUUCAACAUUACAAGGGAGGUGUUACCGAGAACUUUCGGGUGGUGGAAACCGGUAUACGUCACGAAGGAUUGGCAUAUUCUCUUUGAUGCAGAUGAAAUGGACUCUUUCUCCUUCAGCGUGUACGACCCAGAGAAGAGUACUUUCAAGGACUGCGGGUUCUAUGCGGACCGGCAGAAUUUUGAAUCUGAGACAUAUAUUGAGAGCCUGAUUUCCCCUUAUUAUCAGAGGAUGGAGUGAGUAGAGCUGGAGAAAUCGUGGGCUCGGGAUGAUUUUUCGAGGAUUAAUAUGAUCAGUGAGCUGCACUCAAUAUCGCCGGAGGGAAAAGGAGGCUAUUGAACCCGAGCUAAACCUUGUUUCCUGAUGAUAUACUCUCUCUUUGUCAGGUGAUGCUACCCUGUGAUCAUCAAAUGCGGAAUGAUUAAGUCGACUUCGGGAGAAGUCCUCUCACAGGACCAACUUCACAUCUUUUGCAGCAGCCCUUCACUUUUCGCCUUUCCAAUGUACAUAAUGGCUUGUAUGAUUGCAGUUCUCAUUUGUUUUUUUUUUUUUUGCUCCAACAGUUCUCAUGUUUAUACAUUGUAAUAAGUUACUAAUUUAUUAUAAUUCGAAGGAGAAAAAUAUAUAAUGUUGCAUCC